AUGCGUUUAGAAAUGCUUUGGAAAUUCACGACACUUCCUGCUGCUAUGUUUCUUUUUUGCCCUGUUUAUGCAAGUUUUGGAAGAAGGCAUAGUGAAGCCACUGUGUUCCGUGUAGCAGAACAUGCUGCCGGCCACACCCAAGUGUCCUCUCCGACUAGCGCUGUCCCAGAAGCCGUUCAUCCCCAAGCGCCGAUGGUAACCGAGCAAGUCCCAAGCCGUGAAACAGGUUCUAAGCAGGUCGCUAAUUCUCCGUCGGUUACUCUGCAAGGCAGCACAUCUCGCUCAGUUCCACCCGCUGAUACUGCCAAUAGAGCCAGGCUUGUUGAGUAUAUCCAGAUUGAAGAUGAUUCAAGUGACCCUGGCUCGCCUCCUCCACCCUCAAUCGUCAAUUCAAAGCCUUGUAUUAAACCAGCUGGUCCCUCAGCCCUGCCCUCGUGCAGCUCACAGCCUGCCCCUAAGCUAGUGUAUCAGCAGCAGAGGUCAUCCCUUCCUGCGGUCCCUGUUUUCCAAUUCCCAUACUCAGAAAACCAAGCUAUCUCUGCUAGUGGAGGCCUUACUAAUCAGGUUCAGCCUGAAGAGGUUGGUGCCCCAGCUGCCCAUCCCACCAAAGAUGACAACCACCUAACUCAGCACUCGUCAAAUACACCAAUGGGUAAAAAAAAUCCUUCUUGA